AUGCUGACAAAGAUGUUGAACGCAUUUGUAGACGUUUCGCUUAGCGUUGGCAUGCAGUUGACAAAUUAUGUGAAUGAUCAUGAUGGUGGAGAUGAGAUUUCUUUGCAGUAGUUCCAUACCCCAAGUCGUGGAUCUUCUCUUGGAAAACCGACGGAAUUACCUCUAUUUUUCCUCACGACGUGGUCAACACUGCGAAGAAACAAGUCAACCUGCCAUGGAAGAAACGGAAACCACUACGACUUGUCAUGCUCCUUCCGGAGGACGAGCAGCGUCCGCAACAGAACUCCUCGCUUUCGAUUACGCGGAGUUGCUAUUUCGUCACCCAGGGAAGGUCGCGCGUUUGUCUGGUGACCUGGUUAGGGCGGCGCGACUGACCAAGAAUAUGGGCGUGGAUGCUAGCAAUACAAAUGGAUCUGUGUUGCAGAAACCGAAUGAGAACCUCAGCCGGAUGGUUUCAACAUCUGCUGCGCCAGUAGACAUGAAGUCUUUUGUCGACGUGAAUUUAGCAACUGGAGAGGUUGAAGAACUUGAGCCGGCAGAUCAAGACGUAUACAGGUCGGGCGAGGAAAGCGAAAAUGAGUCUGUCAUGCAAAAUGGCAAUGGCCGCAACGGGCACCUGCAUUUAUCUACUUGUGCGAAUGGAACAUCCUCGAAUGGGAAAAGUGCCACGUCUGCGUCCGCCACGUAUGACCAACGAGAUCUUCAAGAUGGAAAAAUAAUAUCCGACCCCACUGCAGAUGAACAAAACCGUUUCUUGGCCACCGUGCUUCGCAAAAGCACUCGGGAAUUGCUGAGGAGAAAUCCUAAGAGACCAAAUAUGAUCAAAAACACUUUGACGUCCAAUUGCGAACAAACCCCCGCGGAGGUACCACCCACCGCACACCACGACAAGAAGAAAAUUUUGCCGACCUUGUCAUCAUCAUCGUCCCAUGCUGGUGCAAAGAGAGGUAGUUCAUCUUCUCCUACAACUACUUCUAGCAGCUUCAUCCCCUUGCCCUUCGAACCCUUCCCGGUUCCUGGAGGGCGGUUUCGGGAAGUUUACUACUGGGACUCCUAUUGGAACUGCCUGGCAUUUGUGCAGCAACAGGUGGAACAGCAGCAGAAACAGGAGGCACAGGAACAUCAGCAGAGGCGAGCUGCACACAGUGAAGAUCGAGAUCCUCUUUCUCUGAUCGAGAAUGUUUUGAAAAACUUUCUCUACCUUCUCAACACAUUCGGGUUCAUUCCAAAUGGGAACCGGGUGUACUACUUGACAAGAAGUCAGCCCCCGAUGUUCACGGAGAUCGUAUUGCUGUGGCUGAAGGAAGUGAUGUUACAAAAUGAAUGUUGCGCCGAGGACGAGCAUGCGGGCGGACGACCACAAGCGGAUAGAACCAGAAGUGGUACCGAUAGUACAACAGCGAUGAGUUGUGCAGCGGACGACAAUCGCGUCUCGGAGAAACCGCAGUCCUCACACGACAAUUAUGCGGAGGACGACAAUGCUGACAAUCAUAGUCGAGGAGGAAAUAGAGACCAAGCGCCGGCGCGCGAGGUGAAAAAUAAAAAUAAAGAUUCUGGAAGACUAGAAGAUGAACUGGCAAGUGAAGAUACGUCUUCACAGAAGACAUCGAGUAGAGACAGAAAAAACCCGAGAAGAUCAAGCUUCUUCGAGACGCACGAUUUUUUGCCAACAUUUGAAAUGUGGCCGGCAUCGCGGGAGGCAGUGACGGACUCGCUGGCGGACAAAAUUAAAAAAGACGAAGAGCAUGAGGAUGAUAGUCGAAGUAACAUCAUCAAAAACUCCGCUCAUCUAAGUUUCUUCGAGGAAUUAGUCGCCGGCGUGGAGAAGGAGUAUACUUGGUGGAUGACGUAAAAAUCGUAGUCGCACAACUGAUCUGUGAAGGAGCUUCGAAACUACACGAGAGCGAAGAAGUGCGUACAACCACCGAGUGGAGUUGACAACUUCGUACAACCAGCAUCACCACCUCGACAUCUUCGCUACCUAUAAUAUUAAUAGAUGCUCGCUCGUCUACUUCGUACAAAAAAAAACUGAAAAAACGUUUUGACGUGCCGGCAGUACUCGAGACAGAAAUGAAAGUCAGACUUUUGUUGAUCUGGAUCGUUCUUCGCUUGCCGAAAACACCAGGUCCCCAGCAUUUCAUUCUCUAACCUGUGAUCAUCUCCGUUUAUUUUGUUCGCAAGCUACGUGGUCUCUGGCUCUGCUAUUCUAGUUUUGUGCCUUUUUUUGACACUUUUUAUUCAAUUUGCAAGGGAAGUAGUUCUUGUGCUCACGACUUGAAGUCGCUUGUAGUCGAUCAGUUUCGUUGUCAAAUCGACUUUCAUCCACUUUUUUGGACUUUUUGGACUACAACUAUCUUUUAUUCCUUUUGAACUACGACAACGGGUAUAAAAACCGGAGCGCGACGAGGCUUCUCAGCUGAAAACGCGUGGACCCCUGCUAGUACUACAACUACGUGCUUUCGCCCACACUUAUCGCGAG